AUGGGAAUGGGGAAGGAGGACAAGAAUAGAGAACGGAUCGAGGCGGUCCUUCAGAUUCUCAGGAAGCAGAUGUCCCUUACGGUCAAGCAGGUGAGUGGCUCCUCAACUCUCCUUCUUCAUCGUCCCCCGCUUUGUCGUGAUUUUGAGCAGAUGAUACUUAAGCUGUUGUGAUCCUUGUAUCAUCGUCUCAGAGUUGCUGGAUUCAGCUGCAGGAUGUAGGUAAAAUUUCUGUGGCAGUACAUCGAUCGUCUCCACGUGUCUUCUUUGCUCCUUCGUUGGCGAGUUUUUACCCGAUCUAUCCGCUCUAUAUUUGGUCUUCUUGCGCCAUAUUGUCGCUUGCUAGGGACACUCUGUCCUGGACAACUUGGUAGUCUGUGGGAAACCUAACUCGCUACGUUUCUUCGGUUGUCUCUGGUGGUGGUGGCGGUCGCUUUCCUCGUCGGCGUGAAAUCGUAGGAGAAGUUCUGUACGGACGCGUGCGUGGCGCGGUUCCUCAGGUACAAGGGAGACAACGCGAAGAAGGCAGCGAAGCAUUUGCGGGCGUGCCUCUGCUGGAGAGAUGCCAUCGGCAUUGGUCCGUUUCUACCGCGCCUCUUUGCCUCAUCUUCUAUAUCCGUUCCUCGUCUUGCGUCGUUUUACGGAAGCGGCAGACGCUGCAGUAAUAUUCUCGGGAUCGUGCUUUUUUCUUUUCGGAGUUCUUAUUUCUUCUUCGAGAACAAUACUUUUUCUUUUUUCCUUUGUUCUUUCCCUUUUCUUCGACAGGAGGAGAAUCCAAAUCUUAGUGCUAGUGGUAAGACGGAGAGAAAAAGAGGCUGAUGAGUUCUCCCUUCUGUGCUUGUGUUGUUUGAGCAGAGCAUCUGAUGGCGGACGAGUUCUCCGAGGAAUUGGCGGAAGGCGCCGCCUACGUGGCCGGGCAUGACGAUGACGCCAGACCCGUAAUAGUAAGAGCCCGAAGAACAUCAGCUGACUGCGUCGGCUCAUCGUUCUUAGACUUAAAAACCUUUCGCGCGUGAUCGCAGUCGAUAUAUCUUCUUUUUCCAAUUUAUUUUUUAUCGUUAGAUCUUCUUUUCAAUUGCCUCUUAGAUUCUUGGGUGAUGAACUGACGCCGUCCCCCGAAUUUCUCCUCCCGCAGCUGUUUCGGAUAAAGCAAGACUACCCCAAAUUCCGUUCUCAGAGGUCUCUCCCUUCUUUCGACGACUAAAACGCUACCAGUUCCCACUGGUUGUAGGUAGCGUCCUCGUCUCACGGUCGCGAACACAAUUCUGCAGGUAUAUGCGGCUGUUGGUGUUUACGCUGGAAGUGGCCAUCUCGUCCAUAUCUAGAUUCGUGGAGCAGUUUGUCCUCCUCUUCGAUGCCAGUAAGCUCCCUCCCCCCCCCACUUCUCUCAAUACCCACCCUAUUCAAAUGGCCACUCAGUCCACCCCCCGCACCUCCGCUGAGAAAUCUGCGAGCACGAGGAAGAUGAAGGCAUUGCGUCGUCUCCUUCCCACAUGGCUUUCACCAACUGACGAACAAUCUGCCAACCGUACCACCCUCCACGCGUCCCUGUGCUGCGACGAGUCGAGGCAACGGCGGGCGAUACAAGCAGAGGGCGGUCCCCCUCAUCAUCUGCUCGACGGAAAUACCCCCGAAAUUCCCCAGUCCCAGGGGCACUUCCAGUCAUUUCCGUCUCGAACAGGUCCCCUUCUGGACGCCGGGAAGGACAGAUCCUCUUUUUCAGACGUCUCUGAUCCUCGAAGAUGGAGGAAGAAGACAUCAGUCAAUGGGAGCACACAGAGUCCAUCCCUGCCGCCCUGCACCGUAGCGCGCAGGGCAAAUAUUAUAGUUGCACUGUAGAAAGCAAAACAGUUAGAUUCCCGAGGAUUAUUGUCUCGAUCCACCCCCCCCCCCCCCCAAUUAUAAUCGUAGAAAUCACUGGUAGGGAGAUUAAGAACCACUAAACCCCCGUCAGCGAUUUUCCUCCAGAUAUUGAAUUCUCGUUUCGAAAACCCAUCACGGUCGUCUUCUGAGCAGAGAAUUAUUCAUUCAUUGGCAGGCUUUUUCAGGUCAGCGUCCGCCUUCCUCAACCUGUUCAUGGGGACCCUGAAGAUCAUCUCCGAGUACUACCCCGGCCGUCUCCACAAGGCUUUCGUCAUCGACCCUCCCUCUCUCUUCCCUUACCUCUGGAAGGUACAGAUCUCCGUCCUCCAUCCUUCUCCUCACCUUUUAAUCUUUCCUGCUGGUCACCAUCAUCAUCCUCCUCCUCCUCACCGGCGCAGGGGUCCCGCCCGUUCGUGGAUCUCUGGACGUCGACGGCGGUGGUGUGGUCUCUGGACUUCGAAGACUCGCUGGAGGAGCACCGCCCAUUCGCCGCCGCCGACCACCACCGCCCUGGUACAACCUCCCUCCGCUUCGACCCAUCCACCGUCUCCUCCGCCGCCGCGUCCACCAAGAUCGGCGGGGGCUCCACCUCCUCCCGCUUCUCCUUCACUGUCUCCCGCUUCGACUCCCUCAAGCCCUGGUACCUCACCCGCACCGAGCCCUCCCCGGCGGCGCCGCCGACCCCCGCCACCGCCGCCGCUAGCCCCUCCUUCGCCGGGCUCUCCCCCCUCAACGCCCGUUCCUUCUCCUUCGCCUCCCCCUCCGCCCGAUCCGCCGCCACCCCGCGCCACCGCCCCUUCCCCUCGACCCCCUCCUCCGGCCCGCCUCCCCCACCGCCGCGGACCCCUCGCCCAUCCUUCCUCCCCUCCCCCGCGGCGGCGAUGAAAUUCUUCUCCCUGGGGAAGGACCCGGCGGCGGCGGCGCCCCCCGCCGCCAGGACCGACCGAGGGAGGGACUCCUUCCUCCCCUUCCUUCGGUUCCACCGCCGCCCCUAUGACGAGACCCUCUACCGUUCCAAGAUGAAGCCCCCUCUCGGCGGCCUCAUCUCCAUCGUCUCCUCCCAGCUCCCCCGCCACCACCACCAUCACCGCCGCCCCCUCGGUCACCUCAGACCCUGA